AAGAGAGGUCAAUCAAUCCCGAAUAAAAUACUUGCCGCCUCCCAAUUCAAUCCCUUUUGCCCUCUUCUUUCCUCUACUUCCAUGGCUUCUCUACCUUCCUUCCCCUCAACCACCACUUUCCAGCCUGAACCUUCUCUGCUGCAGAAACUCUCCUCUACUGCUUCUCUUCCCGCCCAAAAGAACGGUUCGAGCCAGAGCAAUUUGUUCCACAGAAAUCCCGUGACGACCCAGUUGAAUGGAGCUUCGGAGCAGAAGAGAUAUAUUGAUUUCCGGGAAGCGCUGUCUUUGAUCAGACGAGGCACUAAGUUUAAGUCCCAGGUUUAUCACCCUCUUCUCCAGCAUUGCAUUGAUAAGAAUUCGGUCUCGGAAGCGGAAAUCCUUCAUGCCCACAUGAUCAAGACAGGAACCCAGGAGCAGUUCUUCUUAAUGACGGCGCUGGUUAACGUGUACGCGAAAUGUGGCGACAUGAAAAGUGCUCGCAAGGUGUUCGACAAUUUGCCUAGGAGAAAUGUUAUCGCCUGGACCACCCUGAUGUCGGGUUAUGUCCAGAACUCAAGGCCAGAAUCAGCUGUUGAAGUUUACCGAGAGAUGCUGGAAAGUGGGUCUCUUCCAACAGGUCAUACUCUGGGGAUUGCUCUGAAUGCUUGUUCUGCAUUGAAUUUAUUGGAUCUUGGCAGACAGUUUCAUGCGUUCAUAAUCAAGUACAAGAUUGCGCAUGACCCUAGCGUUGGAAACGCUCUAUGUACUUUCUACUCCAAAUUUGGCUGCUUGAAGUCUGCCGUUGAAACUUUCAAGGGGAUUGAAGAGAAGAACGUCAUCUCGUGGACUGCGAUUAUAACUGCUUGUGGAGAUAGCAGCGAUGCGGCAAGUGGGUUGAGAUUUUUCAUCGAGAUGCUUAAGGAGGAUGUUAACCCUAAUGAGUUCACAUUCACUGCUGUGAUAAGCCUGUGCAGCGUGCUGAUUGCUUUGGAUACAGGAGCUCAGGUACAUUCACUAGCUAUCAAGCUUGGGUAUGAAUCCAAUAUCCAAAUAAUAAACUCAAUCAUGUAUCUCUAUCUGAAAUCUGGACGGAUCGACGAAGCACAGAAUUUUUUCAACAGACUGGAAUCUGUGAGCAUGGUUACAUGGAAUGCAGUCAUUGCAGGACAUGCACAGGCCAUUGAUGUAGCAAAGGAUGAACUUUUAGCUCACAGGAGUGGCACCGAGGCAUUGAGAAACUACUUUCAUUUGAACCGCUCUGUGUUGAAGCCUGAUCUCUACACCUUGUCGAGCAUCUUCACAGUGUGUGGGAAAAUCCUGGCAGCAGAACAAGGGGAACAAAUUCAUGCUCACACCAUCAAAACUGGUUUCUUAUCAGAUGUGGUUGUGGGAACUGCAUUAGUUAACAUGUACAGCAAAUGUGGAAGUGUUGAGAGAGCAAGUAAAGCCUUUCUUGAGAUGUCAACUAGAACUCUGAUAUCUUGGACAGCCAUGAUUUCAAGCUUCGCGCAACAUGGUUGGUCUAAUCAGGCUCUGCAACUCUUUGAAGACAUGAGGCUAGCUGGAGUUAAACCGAACCAGAUCACCUUUGUGGGUGCUCUGGCUGCAUGCAGCCAUGCAAGAAUGGUCAACGAGGGGCUGAGAUACUUUGAGAUGAUGAGAAAGGAAUACCGAAUCAGACCUUUGAUGGACCAUUAUGGAUGUAUGGUUGAUUUAUACGUGAGGUUGGGCAGGAUAGAUGAAGCUUUCAAUGUCGUCAAGAAGAUGGAUUUCCCACCAAAUGAGUUCAUUUGGCUGGUUUUGAUUUCAGGAUGUAGGGAUCAGGGAAAUGAAGAAAUUGGGUUUCAUGCUGCUCAGCAACUGCUCAAACUGAAGCCUAAAGAUCCCCAGAUUUAUUCCAUUCUGUUGAAUUAUUACGCAUCCGCCAAAAGUUGGGAAGAUGUUUCAAGACUCAAAGAAUUGAUGAAAGAGGAGAAAAUAGGAAUAUUGGAAGAUUGGAGCUGGAUUAGCAUUAAAGACAAAGUCCACUCCUUCAAAACAAGCAUCCAGCGGGCCCCUGGAAAUGCUGGGACAUUCAGGUUGUUGGAUGAACUGCUGGACAAAGCGAGGAGUCAUGGCUACAUGACGCACGCAGCUAUGGAGGUGAAUAAUGAAGUAAGAGAGAUAGAAAUGGAGCACGGCCAUUACUCUUCUGCUUCUGCUGCUAACCACAGUGAGAGGUUGGCUGUGGCAUUUGGGUUGCUAAAUAUUCAAACUGAUGCCCCAAUAAGAGUCAACAAGAACACGAGAAUGUGUAGAGACUGCCAUAGUUUCAUUAAGAUCGUCUCGAGUAUGAGCAGUAGAGAAAUCAUCGUUAAAGAUAGCUGGCGCAUUCACAGGUUUGCUAAUGGCCAAUGCUCAUGUGGAGAGUUCUGUGGUCUCGUAUGAUUACAGAAAAGGAAGUCAAUCACCAUUUUUCAAGAUCAAGCUCUUCUAUACUAUUUAGCAACAUAUUACAUGGCAUUUAUAAGACCAAAACAUAUAUCAUGGCGAACAACAACAGGCAAACAAACCACAUGG